AGCUAGGGAUCAGCCGGGAGAGAUGUUCAGCAGCAGUUACCUGCUUGUGCUGGGCUGCAGGAAUAAGUUGCAGAUGGUGGGUGGCAGCAUGUGCCAGCUCCUGUGCCCUAUGCAGCUUAUGCUGAUGCUGCUGUAUAUGGGCUGCUGUUGCAGGGCUCAGGUGUACAACCUAAGCUUGGCUGUGGACGAGGGGCUCCCUCCUGGCACCUUGGUGGGGGACAUCCGAGCUGGCCUCCCGGAGCAAAGCCCGGGGGAAGGAUUCUUUUUAUCGGAGGAUGGUGGGGAGUCCCCGGUUCUGCAGGACUUUCAGGUGGACCCGGAGACGGGCAUCGUGAGGACGCUGCGGGUGCUGGACCGGGAGAGAAGGGAGCGCUACAGCUUCGUGGCUGCCACCCUGCAGGGAGAGGUUGUGCAAGUGGAGAUUAGGGUGCGGGAUGUAAAUGAUCACCCCCCGACCUUCCCGGUGCGCUCCCUGCAGCUGCAAGUCUCCGAGCUCACCCCUCCAGGCACCUCCUUCAGGCUUCCCGCUGCCCGGGACCCAGACUCCGGAGAGCACGGGCUGAGAGGUUACACUCUAGUCAGGGGCAAGCGAGGGGCGCCCUUCACUAUAAGAUACAGAGAGGACAAUCAGAGGUCCAGGGAGGGUAGUGAUCCCAGACUUCAUCCAUUAGAUUUGGUGUUGUUACACUGGCUAGACAGAGAAGAAAUAGACAGGUACCAGCUAGAGGUAGAAGCUUUUGAUGGGGGUCACCCUCCCAGAACAGGAAGGCUUGUAGUAGACAUUGUAGUGAUUGAUGCUAAUGAUAAUCCUCCAAACUUUGAUGAGGCAGAAUAUAAAGGAUGGGUGUUAGAAAGUGCUCCUGUGGGAACCCCAAUAUGCACAGUACAUGCCUCUGAUCCAGAUCUGGGCAACAAUGGGGAGGUGAUAUAUAGCCUGAGGACUGGGGAUGGCUACUUCACAGUGGAAGAGCAUAGUGGGGUAGUAAUGGUAAGUCGUCCUCUGGACAGAGAGGAGCGAUCAUUCCAUCAGUUAGUGGUCCAGGCCCAUGAUGGGGGAACCCAGCCAGAGAUGUCUAGUGUUCUCCUAUCUGUGAGGGUAUUGGACGUUAAUGACAACAAACCAAAUAUACAAAUCACCCUACUUACUGACAGUGGGCAGCCAGAGGUAUCAGAGGAUGCUCAGAUAGGGGAGUAUUUGGCUCAAAUUUUUGUUUCUGAUCCAGACUUGGAAUUUGUAGAGGAGCCCUUAAAGGAAGUUGAAGGAGAUGAAAAGAAAGAAAGAGAAACAAGCGCAGGGGAACAUAAUCAGCAUGUUUUUGUCAGUUUAGAAGGUGGAGAAGGAAUCUUUUCCUUGCGUCCAGCUGGGCCUCAAAUCUUCUUUUUAUGUGUUGUGGGUCCUCUAGACAGGGAGCAGCUAGAUUUAUAUGAGCUACAUAUUUUAGCUCAGGACUCAGGUUCCCCUCCAAUGCAAAGCAAAAAGACAUUAGUUCUGAGGGUCGUUGAUGUAAAUGACCAGCCCCCUGCCUUUGUACAACCAGAGGGAUACCUAGCCAUGGUUUCUGAGGCAACCUCUCCUGGAACAGUUGUACUCAGGCUCAGUGCCUUGGACUUGGAUGAAGAUGGUCCAAACUCCAGAGUGACUUACUCACUGCAACCUAGUCCUUAUUCAAUAGCUUUUCUUCUGGACCCUCAUACAGGAGUGCUUAGCACAACCAAAACUUUGGACCAUGAGACAGAGGCUGUUCUGAACCUUGUAGCAGUGGCUAUAGACCAAGGUAACCCUUCACUGUCAUCUUCUUGUCACAUAACUGUCAUGGUGGAGGAUGUCAAUGACAAUGAGCCAGUCUUUCAACAGCAAUUCUAUAAUGCAUCGUUGCAAGAGCACUCACCAUUAGACUUCUGCUUCCUUCAGGUCAAAGCAACUGAUGCUGACUCGGGUUCCUUUGGCAAAAUCCAUUACUCAGUCUUUGAUGAGUUCCAUAGCAUCAAGAAAUCUCAAACAUUUUCAAUUGAUCCUGAUGAUGGACGUAUCUGUGUAUCUCAAGAUAUAGACAGGGAAGUGCACCCUGACAGCUUUGAGAUUCUUGUUAAAGCAGAAGAUGAGGGAGGUUUAAGUGCACAAGCUUUUGUACGAAUUGAAAUUGAAGACAUCAAUGAUAAUGCACCUACAUUUGAUCCUGUGACAUACAUGACAAGUCUUAGUAGCCACACGCAGCCGGGGACAGAGAUCAUUAAUGUCAUGGCUACUGAUAAAGAUGAAGGAGUGUUUGGGGAAUUGACCUAUGAAAUAAUUCCAGGAGACCUCUCUUCUUUAUUUACAAUUGACCCAUCAACAGGAAUUAUCUACUUGAUCUCCACUGUAAGCCACUUGGAAGAUUCCAGGGUAUCCUUGUCUGUUUUAGCCCGAGACAAAGGUGGUCUAACCUCGGCUGUAAAUGCAAUCAUUAUAAUUAACAUCCUACAGAGCUCUGUAGCUCCACCAAUAUUUGAGAAAUCCCGCUACACCUUUUGUAUUGCUGAAGAUGUUCCUAAAGGCAGCGCAGUUGGUACUGUGAAAGCCAGGGAGCCAUUAAGUUCAAAGGAAUCAAUUUCAUACACAAUAUUAUCCGGAGAUCUACAUCAGAUGUUCACUAUAAACUCUCAGUUUGGCAUAAUCAGAACCAAAAAGCAACUGGACCAUGAAUUUCAACCUCUUGUGGUACUUACGGUCCAGUCCCAAUUAGGAAGUUCUGCAAUCUUCAGCAGCACUCAGGUCAAUAUUACAAUCACUGAUGUUAAUGAUAACACACCAACCUUUCCUACAGAGAGUGAUAAAAUAAGUAUAUACCAAAGUACUGCACCAGGCACUGCCUUGUACAUUGCACAUGCAGAAGACGUUGAUAGUGGAAAUAAUGGAUUUAUAAUCUACAGUAUUGCAAAUGAAAAGGAUAAUAUGUUUUUUAUUGACCCAAAUAUCGGAAUUCUUUAUCUCAACAGCACUUUAACAAUGGCCUGUGAUUAUAUAAUUCCAAUUAUGGCUGAGGAUAGUGGUCACCCUAUCUUAAGUUCCCUUCUUAUGUUGACAAUUAGUGUGAAAAAACAUAAAGGAGCUAAUGCAUUGACAUUUGGAAACAUGGUGCAUCAGAUUGAAAUAAGUGAAGAUUUCCCCCUGGAGUCCAGGAUACUUCAAGUUAAAGCAUUUAUUCAGGGUGAAGAAAGCUCUAAAUCCAAAAUAAUUUACUCUUUAAGCCCUGUUGUUAAUUCUAUUGCAUUUGGAAUCCAACGCAGGACUGGGUGGAUUUUUUUGCGGAGGUCUCUGGACUAUGAAGAUACUAAGCUAUACAAUUUGAAAGUAAUUGCUAGCUGUGUUGAAGAUGGGGAGCAACAGACAGCAACUGCUUCUGUUAUUAUAAAAAUAUUAGAUGAAAAUGACAAUAAUCCUGUUUUCAACAGUGAUGUUUAUUUCUUCACUCUCAAUGAAAAUCCAGUUCCACAAGGUGUGAUUGGCACAGUUAGAGCUUUUGAUAGAGACUCUGGAAAUAAUGGACAUUUAUCAUACUACCUCUUGUCUGAAGGAAAUGAUUUCCUGGUUAGUUCCAAAACAGGUGAAAUUAUAAACUGUGCAGCAUUAGAUCAUGAACAGAAAUCUCAUCAUCAGCUGACAAUACUGGCGACUGACCACGGCACUCCUCGCCGUACUGCUACAACCACUGUUUACAUCAGGAUUUCAGAUCUCAAUGAUAACAAACCAUACUUUCCACAGCUGCCGAGAGGAAAACAGCUAAACAUCAAGGUGUUGGAAGGACAGUCAGAACGCGUGUUAGUGACAAGAAUAUAUGCUAAGGAUCCGGAUGCUGGUAAAAACGGGACUGUGUUAUAUUCACUUACUUCAGAUGACAAUUCCAGUCAUUUUAUUAUUAAUUCUAUUAAUGGUGAAGUAUGGACAAACAAGACUCUUCCAUCCAGUCAAAAAUAUCAGUAUCGAUUAAUAAUCACAGCAAGUGAUCAAGGAACGCCCCCUCUGCAAGAACAUGCAGUUAUUAAUAUUCAGAUCAUUCCAGCACCUAAAGUGAGAUCACUUACCUUACCUGAAGUUAUGUACUUAAAAGUACCAGAAAAUAUUGAACCUGCACAAGUGAUUGGCUUCAUAAAUGUACACGACAAUAAACUUUUUGGGAAUAAGAAAUUGCAGUAUGAAAUAGCCAAUGAAGACCGUAAUGGUCCUUUUGUGAUUGACAGGUCUACUGGAGACAUAUAUUUAUCCAAGCAAUUGAAUUAUGAAACUAACUCUCAAUAUACAAUUAGUGUAAGCAUACGUGACUACAGUAACAUUGCUCCCCAAAAUCAUUCUGUUUUCAUUAAGAUCGAGAUAGAAGACCAAAAUGAUCACUCUCCAGUCUUUCUUGAUCCCAUUGUAGUCAUAGAUAUUGAUGAAAAUGUUCCAGUGGGGACUCUAGUGUAUACAUUUAGAGCAAAAGAUGGAGAUGGAAGUUUGCAGAACAGCAAGGUUAAAUAUUCCUUAAAUGCUGAUGAAAUUUUUGGAAAUCAAUUUCAUAUUCAUGAAUGGGAAGGUAUCUUGACCACAACCACUGAACUUGACAGAGAAACAAGAGAAUAUUUUGUCCUUACAGUGACAGCAACAGACCAAGCCUUUAAUAUUACACAACAACGACAAAGCUCAAUGACAGCAAGAAUUGUAAUUCUGGACAUCAAUGACAACAGCCCACACUUUGUAUCAUUGCAUCUUGUGUCUGUAAUUGAAGAUGCAGAAGUAGGUUCCCUUGUACAUCACAUAGUGGCAGAGGAUCCAGAUAAAGGAAAGAAUGGAAAAAUAACAUUUUCUAUUUUGGAAGGAAAUGUAAAACAGGCCUUUUGGUUGGAUAAAUCGACAGGUUGGUUAACCCUCUACUCUCCACUAGACCGUGAAUUACAAAACCAGUAUAUAUUAACCAUUGUAGCAUGUGAUGAUGGAAUGCCAGCACUCUCCGCCACACAGACGUUAACAGUCACAGUUAUUGAUGUUAAUGAUGAGGAACCACAAUUUAAGGAACCACUCUAUGAGGCUGAUAUUUUGGAAAACCAAGAACCUGGGGCACAUGUCAUAAAGAUAGAAGCAACAGAUGCUGAUUCAGGAAUAAAUUCAGUUCUUACCUUCCAAAUUACUUCAGACACAGGACAUGGACUUUUCAAAAUAAAUUCAGAGACAGGAGAAUUGGUAACAGCAGCUACAUUUGACAGAGAGAAACAGGAGCGCUACAUUGUAAGAGUGCUAGUGACAGAUGGUGGUUCUCCCCCAUUAUCCAGCACAACAGACGUUAUCUGCAGAAUAUUGGAUGAAAAUGAUAAUGCUCCUGAGUUUUUAUUUCCUGAUGUGGAGCUUCAGAUCCCAGAGAAUCAAGACCUGGGAAUAAUACACACAGCACUGGCCAUAGACAAGGAUGCUGGCAACAAUAGACUUGUCAUGUUCCAGAUAACUGGUGGAAACACGGGUGGAUAUUUUGCCAUCAAUAAUACAUCAGGAGAACUGUGGACCACCCGCCGCCUAGAUAGAGAGGAUGUCAGCAAUUUUACCAUUAUCGUGGAAUGCUAUGACCUGGGAAGCCCUAGCAAAAGCUCCGUAGCCAGUCUGCAUAUUAAAGUCUUGGAUGAAAAUGACAACCCACCUAUGUUUGCUAAGAGCCAGUACCGAACAUCUGUGAGAGAAGACGUUGCGGUUGGAACUGUUGUUCUCACAGUUCAGGCUACAGAUAUAGAUGAAGAAUUAAGUGGAGAAGUAAUGUACUCUCUAAUUGAUGACACUCAGGGGAUGUUUACUAUAAACAGCACAACUGGCAGUAUUGUAACUACAAGGGCUUUAGACCGAGAGCUUAAACAUCAAUAUGUAUUUAGAGUUUUAGCAAGUGACUGCAGUAUACAUGGUGCCAAAAGUGCCUCUGUCAAAGUAUUGGUCCAUGUAGAUGAUGCAAAUGAUAAUAGCCCACAGUUUGAUGAAAAUCCUAUGUAUAUCCUUUUUUCACCCGAAAGCUCAUUUAAUAAAACAGUAGCGAUUGUGCAUGCAAGUGAUCUGGAUGAAGGGUCUAAUGGAGCAGUGGUAUUUAGCUUGGUAAAGCCAAAUCCUUUCUUUUAUAUCGAAAGUAAAACAGGGGAAGUCAAACUUCAAAUGCUACCACCUACAGAAACUUUCAGAAAUAUGGUUGUCAUAGUGGAGGUGUCUGAUCUUGGGGUUCCAGCUAAGAAAACAACAGGUGUAAUGGACAUCCAUGUGCAAGGAUUGCAAAAAGACAUUUCCUUUAUACGCAAUAAUUAUGAAGUCGUCUUGCUUGAAAACAGCGAGACAGGUACUUCAGUUGUGUCUGUAGAAGCCCAUCAUAGUAUUUUAAAUGGAGGAAGUGUACGUUACUCAAUUUUUAAUAAACCUUCAGAAGAGAUCUUCAGUAUCAAUUCAGUAACAGGAGAAAUCACAGUGAAAAAUAAUACAAAUCUUGAUUUUGAAGUCACAGAGAAAAUGAAUAUUAUUAUAUCCGCUCAAGUGGGAAUGCACACUGCUUACUGCAGUGUAACUGUCUUAAUACAAGAUGAAAAUGAUAAUUAUCCAGUGUUUCAACAAAACAGUCAUGUAACAUCUUUACUGGAGGGACUAGUUUUUGAUACAUUUGUUAUUCAGGUCUUUGCUGCAGAUGCAGACAGCGGGCUUAAUGGACAAAUAGAUUACAUGAUAAUAAGUGGAAAUGAAGAUAAGGAAUUUGUAAUUGAUUCAAGACGUGGCAUUAUUUCAACAAAUACAAUCCUUGAUCGUGAAAUCAAAUCUUCAUACAGGUUGACUAUUCAGGCAUCAGACAGAGGAUCCCCAAGUCUUUCAUCUACGAGUGUUGUCACAGUAUUAGUUGUGGAUAUUAAUGACAAUGCACCCACUAUCCCACCAAUAGGAGCUGUUCUUAUUAAUGAAGACACUCCCAUUGGUUCCAUUGUUACUCAAGUUACAGCCAAUGAUGUUGAUCUAAUGUCACCCAUAACAUAUGUGUUCACUGAAGAUGGAAAUCCCGGCAGGAAAUUUGCUAUUGACAGACUUUCUGGAAUCAUAACUCUCAUUGGUUCAUUGGAUUAUGAAGAAACCUCUCAAUAUUAUUUGAGGAUUCAUGCCUCUGAUUUAGUACAUAAAACUGAAGCAGAGCUCAUUGUUGAGGUUCUGGAUGUAAAUGACAAUCAACCAUUGUUUUCUCAAGAUCACUAUAAGGUCACAGUACCAGAAUUUACAAAAUCAGAAACGUUCAUUACAUCAGUAACUGCUACAGACAGAGACUCUGAACUUUUUGGACCUAUUACAUACAGAAUUCUUUCUCCGUUAAAAGGAUUUGUAAUUAAUUCAACCACUGGAUUUGUGUACACUGAUAUGCCAGUUGGAGUCAAGGAGAAGAACACAGUGCUGAAAAUUCUGGUAGAAGCAAAUGAUAACGGAAAGCCUCCUUUAGCUUCCACUGCUAUCCUUGAAGUAGAUUUCCAUGAUGUAAACAACUAUUCACCACAGUUUUCUGAAGAGAUAUAUCAUGUUUAUAUUAGUGAAGAUGCAGUGGUUGGAGAAGGUGUGCUCACCUUUACAGCUACAGACUUGGAUUGGACACAUGAAAAUGCAAACAUUGAUUUUUCUCUUACCAGUGGCAAUUCAAACAACUUAUUUUAUGUGGAGAACAUCAGGGUGCUUUCUAAACCCCAUUAUGUGACUGUUGGAAAACUUGUGAUAAACAAUGUAUUGGACCGUGAAGCAUACCCCACCCAUAAAUUAGUGUUACUUGCUUCAAAUCAAGGUAUUCCUUCAUUAAGUUCCAGUGCCAUCAUUUUUAUACAUAUUCUUGAUUCAAAUGACAAUCCACCUGUAUUUAGCACUACCGAACAUCAUAUUAAUGUAAGAGAACAUCAUCCAGUAAAUAAUGCUGUCAUAAUGAUUUCAGCUACAGAUUCUGAUAUUGGGGACAAUGCUGAUAUUUCAUAUAGCAUAGUAUCUGGAAACGAUGAAAGCUUUUUCAAAAUUGAUGAGCAAAAUGGAACUGUGAUUGUAGUAAAACCUCUGGAUUAUGAAGAAGUCAGAAAAUAUUCCUUGACUCUGCAGGCAACAGAUGGUUGGGGAAGUAAAAAAAAAUAUGCCUUUUCAGUACUUCAUAUUAGCAUUUUAGAUGAAAAUGACUUUUUGCCAAAAUUCCUUUUUAACAGUAUGAUAUGUAAUCUUUGCGAAGAUGCACCUUCUUUUACACCUGUGUGCACAGCUAAUGCCUUUGACUUGGAUUCUGGACCAUAUGGUACACUUAGUUAUUCCAUUCAAUCCUCAUGCCAAAAUGAUCCACAAAGUCGAGACAUGUUUUUCAUAGACUCAUUAACUGGAGAUAUCUAUACAAAACAUGUAAUUGAUUAUGAAAUGCAAAAUAGGUACUGUCUCAUCAUUCAAGUGAAAGAUAAAAGCGACUCCACAGCUAGUGUAUUGGUUUAUGUAGACAUUGAAGGGAAGGACGAGUUUCAGCCUAUCUUCAGUGAAGAACAAUAUUUAUUUCAACUCCCUAAAGAAAACAAACCUGGACAAGUAAUUGGCAGAGUAGAAGCUUCAGAUAGUGAUGAAGGGCUUGAUGGCAUUGUCCAUUAUUUCCUUGAAGGACCCUCACAGUUUUUCUCUAUUAAUAUAACAAGUGGAGAUAUUUAUUUAUCAAGAGGUGUACACAAAAAGAGAAGCAAUACAAAGAAAAAUGAUGACAUUAUUGAGCUUUAUGUAAAAGCACACAGUCCAAAGUUUGAUUCAAAGUCAGCAACAUGUACUGUACAAGUUAAUAUUUCCACUGCUCUUGAAGGUUACCCUGGGAUGUCAGCAAACAUACUUUCCAUUAGUUUCAGCAUUUCCUUUGUGGUUUUCUUGCUUUUGGCUAUAAGCCUUAUUGGAAUUAUUCUCAGAUAUAAGCGAAAAGAUGUAAAUGCUUGUGGGAUAAAAGAGACUGCCAUUCCUACACUUCCCAUGUCUAAUAUGAAAGAUUGUGCCUCUGAUGAUUGUCCAAAAUAUGAAAAUAUCAAGACGAAUGUAGCACCAGACACCUCAGAAUGGUUGGGCUUAGUUGGCAUUAGGGAAAAGAAAGAUACAGGAAGCAAGUGUAGAAAUUCAGACUCAAGCGGACAUGGCUCAACAGAAGGAGAAACUGCUGAAGAUGAAGAAAUUAAGAUGAUUAAUGAAUAUCCUAAUAGGAAAGAAUCUGGAUCUGUUCUCAGUGAAAGAGCUUCACGAGUGCCAGACUCUGGCAUUCCAAGAGACUCCGAUCUUCUCUCUUGUGAAUCAGAUGAAACAGAUCUAGUGAUUGGAACAGAGAGUACUGAGAACAUUGUUAAUAUGAAAGAUGAACGUGGAGAGGAACGGGUUCCAAGUUUUUGUCAUGAAAAUGAAAUUCCAACUGCACAAAGCAAUUGUGAGAAAAAAGAGAAAUAUAAAAACACAUCCCCAGAUAUUAAACGGGACUACAUAUUUGUUCCCACUACAUAUGACUCUAGAUAUGGGUCUCUUGCAUCUUUAGUGGCUUCUGAUGAGGAUCUAAGAGGAAGUUAUAACUGGGAUUACUUACUAAGCUGGGAACCCAGGUUUCAGACUCUUUCCUCUGUAUUCUGUGAUAUAGGAAGGCUGAAAGAUGAAAAGAUCCACAGGCAUUUACCAAAACAAAAGAAGCCUUUUGUAUUCCCACCACCACUUAUCACAUCAGUGGCACAGCCUGGAAUAAGGGCAGUUCCACCAAGAAUGCCAACUAUUAUGUCUGGACAAACAUUAUUAAAAUAUCCUCGCUCACCUUUUUUCACUAAUCUUGCAUGCCAGCCUUCAACUAUGAGCCCAAGUUUUUCACCUUCCCUCUCCAUGCUCACAGUGCACAAUCCUUCAAGCUCACCUGUGCUUUCAGAUACAGGUAUUACAGGAACAUUGAUGGCUACAAUGUCUGAAGAACUGUUAGCACAAGAGUUUCAAGUGUAAAACAUGAUAAUUUGUAAGCUUUAAGAAUGUUUAGAACCUGUGUGGACCAAAUAGGGGCAUGUAAGAGCUAAUCAAAUAAACUGUCCAU